AUGUUUAUGAUCAAAUGUGAUUCAUCAAUGCUGUGGCUUCAUGUUGUUCAACCAGACUUGACAGCAGGUCAUUAUGGUUAUAUCGCUGAUGAAUAUGAUCGUCAUGUAAUAUUACGUGGUGUUAAUGUUGAAACAGAGCAAAGAAAUAUUCCGGCUGAUCAAGAUAGACCAAUUGAUCCUUCACUAUAUAAUGGUCAAUGCCCAUCUAAUGAAUAUGUUUAUCAGCAACCACCAACAUGUCAAAUAGAUUAUGGUAAAGGAAUGUAUAAUAUCAGUGAUGAAUGGAAUAGUCAUAAUGACUUUGCUCAAAUAAGAAAAUGGGGUUUUAAUGUGAUUAGAUUAUGUUUAAGUUGGAGUGCAUUAGAACCAACACCAGGAAAUUAUAGUGAAAUAUAUUUACAACGAGUUGAACAGAUAGUUCAAUGGGCAUCAGAAGAACAAGUCUAUGUUAUACUUGAUAUGCAUGAAGAUUUAUAUUCUCGUUAUAUAAUUGGUGAUAAAGAACAUGAAAUACCACCAUAUUUAACAUCAUCUGAUGGACAAGAUGGUGCUCCACAAUGGGCAGUUAUGGCUGAUGAUUGGCCAGCAUUAGCUUUGUUUGGUAUUGGAAAUCUAAAUUUAGCAAUGAUGAAAGCAUUUGAUCAUUUUUAUAACAAUUCCGUACCACCUAAUAUUCCACAAGGAGAUGCACCUGGGCCCGGUUUACAAGAUCAUUAUAUUGGAGCUAUUGCUUCUUUAGCAAAAAGAUUCAUCAUGAAUGAACCACAGCCCGGGACACACAUUGAUCAAUAUGAAUUUUCAAGUAAUUAUUUAUAUCCAUUCUAUAAACGUGUUAUACAAGCAAUAACUGGUGUUCGUGAUGAUUUACCUGAUUGUUCAAUAUCUGCACCAACUGGAACAAACUGUUCCUAUACUAAUUUACAAAUUAAUGAUCAACGUCAUUUAUUUUUUGUUGAACCAACUGCUUUUCGAAAUUUACUUGAUUUUUCUCCUCAACAUUCCACACCAUUUACAUCAUAUAAAAAUAUUGUUUAUUCUCCUCAUGUUUACACACAUGUAUUUACAAUUGAUAGUAUAUUACAUUUAAAUGAAUCAGAUUAUCCACCAUCGUUCGAUUUUGCAUAUGAAUCAGCAUUAAAUGAAUCUAUUGGUUUACAAAGUGCAAUUUUAGUCACAGAAUUUGGUUGUGGUGCAGAUGCUGAUGAAAGAUUAUUAAUUCCAACUAUUGAAUCUCAAGAUAAAGCAAUGAUAUCUGCAGCAAUAUGGCCAUGGAAAAAUAAUUGUUUUCAAGCAGGUUGUGAGACAAGUUGGAGUUUAUAUGAUUCAGGUUCACCAAAUGGUACAUUUCCAAAUCAAAAUGGUCCUGAACGUUUAAAUCGUGUUCGAAUAUUAUCUCGUAUACAUCCACGUGGUGUUAUUGGACAAUUAAAAGAAUAUUUUCACAAUACAACAACAUCAUCAUUUCAUAUGAUUGCCAAUUGUAUUAAUAAAACAUUUCUAUUAUCAAAUAAUGAAACAAUAAUUUAUAUACCCCAACGAUUAAAUACAUCCAUAAUAAAUAUAACUGGUGAAGCUGUAUUAGAGAAUAUAAUUAAUAAUCCCGAUCAAAGUCGUCAAAUUAUUAUUAAACCAACAUGUAAUGGACAAUAUAAUGUAUUUAUUGCAAAUAAUACAAAUGAAAUUGAUAAAUUACAUCAAAAAAUAAUCCAAAAUGAAAAUUCUAAUAUAAAAUCAAAUAAUCACCAUAAAACAAAACAAUUAAUGAAAAAUACUUUGGAAGUAUUUCAAUCGUUACAUACUGUUGCUGUUCAAAUUGGUGAAACAUUUGCCGCAACAUCUUCUAAAUCUAUAAACAAGGUACGUUAA